CUUAGCAUUGUCUCCGCUACCGUGUGACGGUGCAGCACGACGACUUCGACGUGCUUUUGCUGGUCCCUCCUUGCAUUGCUGGUCCGUCAAGGGCCAUAGAAGAGCUGCACUAUUCCGCAUCUGGCCCAAUCGCUCGCCCAAGCACAAUCACCAGUCUCGUCCAGGCAGUCGCUCGACGAACAAGUCGAGCAACGAAACUCCCCACUCGCACACACGAACGCGCACCAUCAAAGCCCGCCUAUCUCAAUGAUCUACGCCCUCAUCGCUGUCGCCGUAGUCGUUGCCCUCGCCAGUAGUACCGCACGCACAUUUAUCUGAUAAAACCAAUUCCAGUGCCAAGCCGCACCCGUGCGCUCCUCACCACCUCCUCGUACCUCCACACCUACUCUGCCUGGCGGUUUAUCACAGCAACUCACCGCCAUGGCCGACCUGCGAGGAGGCAACGGUCCCCCACAGCCGCCCACCGCCCUCUUCCAUCCUUUUAAAAACGCCAACAUCUUCCGUCUGGAUGAGGGCUACUCGGAUGACACGCGGAGCCAGGCCGGCAGCGAGAUGCGCGCCGAGUCCCGCAUUGGCGAUGUCAUCAUGGAUGUUGUUCCGGACGGGCACCAGCCCUCUCUUCUUCUGCCGGAGUGGAUAGGCAAUCUGAACGAGGCUGAGCGAAGCGAACUUGCAUAUGCGUUAUUGCGAUCGUUGCGGACAUCGUCCAUUGCAGCUAUUGUCGAAAGGUUGAACCCACUAUUGCACAUCGAUCCCGUGCACUACCUGCCCCCAGAGAUCACCUUCGAGGUGUUCUCGUACCUCGAUCCGGAGACGCUCUUGCUGGCUUCAAAGCUUUCCAAGUCGUGGCGAAUCCGCGCCCUGGACAGCAGAUUGUGGAGGCAGCUGUAUAGCCGUGAAGGCUGGUCUGCCGACACGCGGCGGGUCCGUCAAUACGAAGCUGAGCUGCGCGAGAGGAACCGUCGGCGCGCAACAGGUAAGGCCAGGGCGAGAACAGCGGAUGCUGUCAGCGACGCGGAGACAAAGUCGCCGAAAAAGAGAGCGCGCGACGAGGAUCAGCUGGCCUGCCGGACAAACAGUCCGCUACAAUGGGCUGCCCACCGCGACAGGUCGGAUGACAGCGUGGAGGACAGCGCACCACUCAAGCUGGAGGAUACCGAAAUGAAAGAUGCAUCGCCGUCAUCGCCCACGCCGCCCACGCCUCUGGCUCUGUCACACACACACACAGGCCUCGACCCGCCCAUUCGACCUUCGCUGCUACUGAGCCCGCACGUUGACCCAACGGUCAACUGGCAGUAUCUAUACAAGCAGAAGCGGCGGCUGGAAGCGAACUGGAUGAUGGGUAAGUACAAGAACUUCCAACUGCCGCACCCAAGUCAUCCUGAGGAAGCGCAUGCCGAAUGCGUGUACACCAUUCAGUACACGCGCACACACCUCGUCAGCGGAAGCCGUGACAAGACUCUACGGAUUUGGAACCUCGCAACACAACGUCUGGCUGUGCCUCCGCUCAGGGGACACAAUGCAUCGGUUCUGUGCCUACAAUUUGAUGACCGACCCGAACACGAUCUCGUCGUUUCUGGGGGAAGUGAUUGUCAUGUGAUCCUGUGGCGCUUCUCCACUGGAAAGAUGAUCACGAAGCUGGAACGCGCGCACUCGGAGUCCGUGCUCAACCUCCGCUUCGAUGAAAGAUACUUAAUCACUUGCUCCAAGGACAAGACAAUCAAGAUCUGGAACCGCAAGCCCUUGCACCCGACGGACGAGGCAUAUCCGAUGCGCAACGCAUCCGUCUCAGCCAAGUUCCCUUCAUAUAUCCUCGACAUUAAGACCAUGGCGCAAGGCGAUCUCACCAGCGUGAUGCCUUUGCGUGAGUACACACUCCUCGCCACGCUUGAGGGCCACAAUGCCGCCGUGAACGCAAUUCAAGUGCUCGGCUCUCAGAUCGUUUCUGCAUCUGGGGACCGCCUAAUCAAGAUCUGGGACAUCAAGACGGGCCAGUGUCUGAAAACAAUCGGCGGCCACCAAAAGGGCAUCGCGUGCGUGCAGUUCGACGGCAAGCGCAUUGUCAGCGGCUCCAGCGAUGAGACAGUGCGCAUCUUCGACUGUGUCACAGGUGCCGAGGUUGCCUGUCUGCGGGGCCACAAGAACCUUGUGCGAACUGUGCAAGCCCGCUUCGGCGACGUACCAGGCAGCGAUCUCGAUAUGGAGGCCGAGGCCAGGGACGUCGACCUUCAGUUUUUCAAGGCACAGAUCGAAGGCAACCUAAGGAGGGACCGGUUGACUAGGGAACAGCGUCGAGAACGCAAUGCCGGGAGCCGAAAUCCAAACGAGAUCUUCGCUCUCGGCGCACGGCUGCCGCCCGGCGGCGGCGGCAGCAAGUGGGCACGCAUUGUCUCUGGCUCCUACGAUGAGUCCGUCAUCAUUUGGCGCCGUGACGCGGAAGGCAAGUGGAUUCCCGCCCAUCAACUUCUUCAAUCAGAAGCGGUCGUCGGCGCUGGCGGCCAACCACGGCUCCCCGGUGGCGUUGGCGUGAUAGGACAGGCCCAACCUGCGGUACCGCAACCUGCAAACGCGCCACUUCACGUCAACGCGACGACCACGCAGCUGAACUUCCAGCAGUGGUUGCAGCAGAAUGGUCAUAUGCUCUCUGCGGCCCAGGUCGCCCAGAUGCAAGCGCAGAUGGCACAUAACUUGCAGCUCCUGAAUCAAGCGCAAAACGGCGCGAACAACAAUGCUGGCCCUGCCACUCCACAGAUGGCUACCAACGUGGCCACGGGUCCAUUAGCAGCACCGUCGUCGUCGACGGGUGCAACUGUGGCAGGACCCAGUACUGCUACAAGCACAUCCAUAAGCUCGACUACGACGGGUAUCCAAGUGUCGCAUGCGAACACGCCGGCAACCCAGGCGAGUCUUACACAACAGGUUCUGCAGGGCGCAGUCAAUAACCAGUGGCUAAACAACCUCCCACACCACCCACACGGCAUCCCGCCUGCCGCUGGCGCGCAGCCGCAAGCCCAGGCACAAGCACAAAACGCGGCCGUUCCCGCCCCGCAGCCUGCCAUUGCUGUGCCCGCUGCGGCCCAGCCGCACCAUCAUCACCAUCACCAUCAUCACCAUGCCGCUAAUAACAACAAUAACCCAACCAACGCACUCGCGCCCAUUCAGCCCACUGGCGCAAACUCGCGUGUGUUUAAGCUCCAGUUCGACAGCAGACGCAUCAUCUGCUGUAGUCAGGACCCCACCAUCGUUGGCUGGGACUUUGCCAACGGCGACCCAGAGAUUGAAGAGGCUAGCAUCUUUUUCGGCGAGGACUUUUGAGGCUGCCUUUUUCUCGACACUCACUCGGAAAAUCUGCAUCGCAUUUUCGAUUCACUCAUACUCCUCAUCGUAACGCUGACGACGAUUGACGACAAUUGAAUGUGCAUGUACAAAGCUGGAAGUUUGACCUUGCUUUUUGCCUUUUUGCGUUCUUGAUUAUUUGUUUCCCAAGUAAUCACGCAUGUGGCCGCGCACACACAAUCAUAUAUACCUCCCCAUAAUCGAAUCUAAUUACGGUCUCUGCGACGGCGGUGUGGUGAAGGCGGGAAGAUGGACCCAAAAAAGUUAAGAGUGACAUAGCGGGCUGAGGAGCGCAGGUGGUGGGAUUCAUUCCUGCUCGUUGCGUGACUGUAGCUGGAAUGAAGGGUUUAAUCUCGUUAAGAGCUAUACAUACAUACAUACAUAUAUAUAUAUAUAUAUAUGUAUCUGGGACGACAAUGAUGACGAGACGGGAUAUGUGUAUAUAUUAUACAUACAUGCAUAUAUAUAUAUAUAUAUAUCAAUCUUAAUCACCGCUUUAUAGACGAGAAAAC